CACACUAAUUUCCACAUCCCUCUUCCAUAUAUUUCAUUUUGUACAAACAGGUGAAAAUGGCUCCGAGAGCUUUCCUUCUUCUUACUCUAGCUUUUGCUGUUGUCCUUCUCAUUACCUCUGAAGUGGCUGCAGCUACGGAGUUGGCUGAAAACACUGACAGUGAGUAUAAGCCCGGUGGACAUGGAGAACACAUCGUAGGCGGUAGAAUGGGAGGGCAUAACAAAGGUGGUAUGCGUAAAGAUGAUCCUGUAUAUGGGGGUAAAGGCUGCAGGCAUGGUUGUUGUUCCGGUAAAUAUUCCAAGGUUAAAGGAGGGUGUAAGUGUUGCAAGACAUUUGUAGAGGCAGCCGCUUACAAACAAACUCAAAACUAAUGGAAGCCCCAAGAGAGAACCAUCUUUACAGUCAUAUACUAAAAAGAUGUUUCACAAUGCAAUUAUGCAUUAUGUAGUGCUUAUGUGUAAAACAAAUAAUUAGCGUGACUUCUUUCGAUGGAAGUAUGCACUUAAUAUGUACCAUAAAAUAAGAGAACUUUGAGCUCUUAUGUCCAAAAAUAUAUCGUUUUCAA